AUGCAUCGAAUUACUUGUCGAAGCAUUUUUAUUACCAUUAUCAUCAUUAUCUUUGCCAAUUUUACAUCAAUUUCUUCAAAUUCUCAAUUUUGUUCCACUUUACAAACAACAACAAAACAAGAUGAAUGUCCUAAUCCAUCAUCAUUUGAUAUUUUGGAAGAAAAUUCUAAGCCAUUAUCAUCAUGGAAAUUAAAUAUUCCCGUAUUGACAAGUAACAACGAUAGUUAUAUUAUUGAAGAACUAACAAAACGUUUUAAUCAAGGAGAUUCUUGUCCCUAUAUACGGUAA